AUGGCGCCUUCACUUGAAGUACCAGACAACGUACAAGAUGUUUUAUCGAAUCCCCUCAAAGCCGCCCCAAAACUCGUUGCCCCCGAACCAGAACAUUGUCCUGGUCCUGAAUCCGAAACGGCCGGACAAGCAGAUUCUUGCGCCGGGUGUCCAAAUCAAGCAAUCUGUGCCUCGGCACCAAAAGGGCCAGAUCCAGAUAUCCCAAUCAUAACGGCACGACUUUCAGCCAUCAAACAUAAAGUCUUGAUUUUAUCGGGCAAGGGUGGCGUUGGGAAAAGCACAUUCACGUCUCUAUUAGCACACGCGUUUGCUACGAAUGAUAAUAAUACUGUGGGAAUUAUGGAUACGGAUAUUUGUGGGCCGAGUAUACCGAAGAUGAUGGGGGUAGAGACUGAGACGAUACAUGUCAGUGGCGCAGGAUGGAGUCCGGUCUGGGUAUUGGAGAAUUUGGCAGUCAUGAGUGUGCAAUUCAUGCUGCCGAAUAGGGAUGAUGCUGUUAUCUGGAGAGGACCGAAGAAGAAUGGGUUGAUAAAGCAGUUUUUGAAGGACGUGGAAUGGGGUGAGAUGGAUUUCUUGCUCGUGGAUACCCCACCAGGGACGAGUGACGAACAUUUGAGUGUCAAUUCUUUCUUGAAGGAAAGUGGGGUUGAUGGAGCGGUUGUUGUUACAACACCACAAGAAGUCGCGCUCCUUGAUGUCCGAAAAGAAAUCGACUUUUGUCGGAAAGCUGGCAUCAAAGUUUUGGGCAUUGUGGAGAAUAUGUCAGGAUUCGUGUGUCCGAAUUGCACACAUGAAAGCCAAAUUUUCCAAGCAACUACUGGUGGUGGAAGGGCUUUGGCCAAGGAGAUGAACGUUCCGUUUCUGGGUGCUGUUCCUCUGGACCCACGGAUUUGCAUGGCUGCGGAUUACGGCGAGAGCUUCUUUGAUUCGUGGCCGGAUAGUCCAGCAUGUACCGCAUUGAAGUCUGUUGUCAGAAGGGUCAUCAUCUCUUGUGAUGAUUCCGGUGGCGCAAAUGACAAUCUUGAAGGAUCUGUCCAUGCAACUAAAAUCGCCACCUCCGGAGAGAUGAUGAUAAAAUUGCCAGUAGACUUCGAGAGAGGAACCCAAGGCUGUAAAGUCUCGAGUCAAGACCCGCUCAAGACUUCCCCUUCUAUGAAGGAUCCAAGAGGAACGCUGGCAUAA